AUGGCUCAUCGUAUCAUCACCACACUCCUUGUGACCGGGACACGAGUGUUCGGCCGCGCGUUCGCGGAAGCCUACAAGCAAGCCUCAGCAAGCUCGAAAUAUGCAUCUGAAGUGAAAAAGGGCAACGUCACGGGCGCCAGCACAUAUGCCUCGAAUGGUCUGACUCUCGAUGAAGCAUGCAAGAUCCUCAACGUGAAGCCACCGCAGGGAGGCGAGGCGCAACUAGAGCCGGUUAUGGAGCGAUUCAAGAAACUAUUUGACCUUAACGAUCCUCAAAAGGGCGGUAGCUUCUAUCUUCAAAGCAAGAUUCUGCGUGCCCGGGAACGUAUUGAGAUGGAACUUCGCGAAGCCGGGCGCAAAGCUCAGACGGAGCAAGAGUUGAAGGAGGGCUGGAAACCGAAGGUUUACAAGGAUCGGUGA